AUCCACACUUUGACAGACGUGAACUGUCAUCCUGUCAACGCAAUUUUCUAUUUGAGGUUUGAGGUUAAAGCUUGUGAUUGUUUUUAAGUCGCUUUUCCGCUGACUUUUCAGGCGGUUUUCAGUUUCUCCAGUAUUGUUCCUUGCAUUGAGGCCUACUAACGUAGCUAAUAAAAAUGAAUGCUCCACCUACCUUCGAAUCAUUUCUGUUGUACGAUGGUGAAAAGAAGAUUAUCCGGGAGCAGGAUACAAAAGUACCUAACGCGGCUAUUUUUACUAUAAAUAAGGAAGACCAUACACUGGGCAACAUGAUCAGAAAUCAACUAUUGAAAGAUCCCAAUGUGCUGUUUGCCGGAUAUAAACUUCCUCAUCCACUUGAACACAAAUUCGUCCUGAGGAUUCAAACUACUUCGGACUAUUCACCUCAGGAAGCUUUGAUGCAUGCUAUCACAGAUCUCAUUUCUGAGUUAUCUUUAUUCGAAGAAAGAUUCAAGGAAGCAAUCAAAGAGAAGAAAGAAGGACUGGAUUAAUUUUUUAGUAUAAGUAUUAAGUAAUUUUUAAUUCAUGUAAAUAAUAAUUUGUAAACUUUGUUAUUUUAUUUCAGGCACUUAUAUUUGACAUUGGUCUAUUUCAUUUCUAGCAUUGAAUCAGAAAAUUUCAUUGUAACUGAAAAAGAUUUUAUAGAUCUAUCCAUAAUGUAUUAAUAAACAGUUAUAGUAUCACUUUAAAUAUUUAAAAGACACUGAAUAUUUACAAAGGAAAAUAAAACAAAAGAUGG